AUGCCUCGAUGUGUGUCCUUUCCCCGUCCUUGUCUCCCUCCAUCCGACCAGACGGCUUUGCCAUACAGCACGCCCUGUCUCUCUUGCCGUCGAUCUCACCCGCACACCAUGAGGUCCACGAUUUCCGUUCUCUCCGUCGUGCUCCUUCUGGGCCUAGCUCUUUGCGGCACGAGCCAUGCAAGGCCGGCCACCGCCCCGCAGUCAAAGCCGCUCGUCGCCCAGCUCCAGGUCAAGGCGUCCGGUGCACACCUCAAGCAGCUGGAGCAGAACGACCCCGACUCUGCUCCCAACCCCGUCGCGAGCCUGGAAGAGGGCCUCGGAAAGGUGCUCAACGCGAGCUACGUCUCCGUGGUGCAGGGCCCCGGCGGCGAGGGACGCUUUGCGGGAGGACCGAAGACGCACCACUUUGACUGGAACAUCCACUAUGCUGACGGAGCGCCAGAUGGCUACGCGAAACGGCAGAUCAUGAUCAACGGCCAAGCUCCUGGACCGACGAUCGAGUGCAACGAGGGCGACGAGAUCGUCGUCAUGGUUCACAACCACCUCGACGUCGGCACCGGCAUCCACUGGCACGGCAUGUUCCAGAACUCGACGCCCUACAUGGACGGCAUCCCGGGCUUCACACAGUGUCCCAUCCCGGCGGGAGGCAGCUUCGAGUACCGCUUCCGCGUCCAGGGCCAGUUUGGCACUUACUGGUACCACUCGCACGAGGCGGUGCAGUACACCGACGGCCUCUACGGACCCCUGAUCGUCCACUCGCCCAACGACCCGUAUCAGCAGGGCCGCGACUACGACGACGAGAUCAUCAUCCUCCUGGCCGACAACUACCACGACUACGCCGACAAGAUCGUUCGCGAGAUGCUGUCGCCUGCAGGCUACAAGGGAACGCCAGCGGCGCCGAGCCCACAGAGCGCCCUGAUCAAUGGCCGCGGCGUGUUCAACUGCUCCAUGGCCGAGCACAAGUCACGCUGCGCCGAUCUCAAGACUCCGACCAGGUCUGUGGUGCCGGGAAAGACGUACAGGCUGCGAAUCAUCAACGGAGGCUCCCAUGCUUUCAACUACGUCUCGAUCGAUGGCCACAUGCUGGACGUGAUUGCCGCCGAUGGCACGCCCAUCUUCAAGCAGUCGGUGCACCGCAUCCCGCUCCACAACGGCCAGCGCUACGACGCCCUGGUCACGAUGGACGUCGGCGAGCCUGGAGACUCGUUCCUGCUGCGCUCCUUCAUCGAGACGUCGUGCUUCGCGGUGGUCGACCCGGCGCUCGACCCCACGGCCAACCUCACGCUGCAGUACCAGUUCUUCCCCGAAGAGCCCGUCAGUUCGCCGGUGCCCCGCGACUGGAGCGACAUGAACAACAGCAACAACACCGGCUGCGUCGACUUCUCCGACGACCUGCUGACGCCGUUGAUCCCGCAGACCGUGCCCGAGAACAAGAAUCCCGACGGGGUUGGCAAGUUCAUCACCGGCUUCGGAUUCAUGAACAUCAGCUCCACACAGAGGGUCGGUCGCUUCUUCGUCAACGGCACCUCGUACGUCAACUACAUCAACCGUCCGUUCCUCGAGUCGGUCCACCGCGGCGGCGCGAUCAACCCCGCCCAGAUCACGAGCAUGACCUUCAACGACGACGUAUGGGUGGCCGACAUUAUCCUGGUCAACACCGACGUGAUCGACCACCCUUACCACCUCCACGGCGUCGAGAGCCACAUCAUCGGCCGCGGCAGCGGCAACCUCACCGUCGAGGAGUGGAAGACCAAGAGCUUCAACACCAUCAACCCUCCGCGCCGCGACACGAUCGUGGUGCCGCAAAAGACGUGGGCGGUGCUGCGCGUCUUCUCCGACAACCCGGGCGUUUGGGCCAUGCACUGCCACAUCGCCUUCCACCUUGCCGGCGGCUUCAUGGGGGCCGUCGUCAUCCACCCCGAAGCCAUCAAGCAGCUGCCCUACCCGAGCUCGGUCCUGGACCUCUGCCCGACCGACGCGGCAUCGCUGAACACGAUCGAGGUCCCCUGA